GCCGGAAUAGGCGGGCCAAGACGUCGGUUACGUAGUCUGUCAUCCUACCGGUGCCUCUCAGCCGUAUAACUGGACUGCAUUGCUAAACCAUGGGCAGUGUGUUGGCUGCCAGCUCCCCAAACCCUCCUCCGGCCUCAGGGGGUGGCAGUGCCCCAGGGGGUGCAGGUCUAGUGACGGUACCACCAGGUUUCACUAUGCCCCCAGUGUCUGCAGUCCCACCCUCAGGCACACUAGGGCAGCCCGGGACAGAUGCAGAGGCCUCUCGCCCCAACCCCGGCACAUUUGAAGAAUGUCAUCGCAAAUGCAAAGAGGUCUUCCCUGUGCAGAUGGAGGGGGUACGCCUGGUUGUCAACAAGGGCUUGAGUAAUCACUUCCAGGUUAGUCACACAAUUACUCUAAGCACCUUGGGGGACUCGGGUUACAGAUUCGGUGCCACAUAUGUGGGCAGCAAACAAACAGGACCUGCAGAGUCUUUUCCAGUUAUGGUAGGUGACAUGGACAACACAGGCAGUCUAAACGCACAGAUCAUCCAUCAGCUGACCAACAAUGUUCGCUCUAAAUUGGCCAUUCAGACACAGCAACACAAGUUUGUAAACUGGCAAUGUGAUGCAGAAUACCGUGGCGAUGACUUCACAGCUGCUGUUACCCUUGGCAACCCAGAUGUUCUCGUUGGAUCUGGUAUCAUUGUUGCGCACUACCUCCAGUCCUUGUCUCCUGCUUUGGUAUUGGGGGGCGAGCUGGUCUAUCACAAGAGACCAGGAGAGGAGGGCACUGUCACAUCAUUAGUGGGCAGGUACACAGGUAGUAACUAUGUCGCCACGUUGACUGUUGGAGGAGCUGGUGCACAUGCGUCAUACUACCACAAAGCCAACGACCAGCUCCAGGUUGGGGUGGAAUUUGAGGCUAGCACACGGAUGCAGGACACAAGCAUGUCGUUUGGUUAUCAGUUGGAUGUACCCAAAGCAAAUCUGCUGUUUAAAGGUUCUUUAGAUAGCAAUUGGGUGGUGGGAGCGACGCUGGAAAAGAAGCUGUUUCCCCUUCCUCUAUCAUUAGCUCUAGGCGCCUUCCUUAACCACCGCAAGAACAAGUUUCAGUGUGGCUUUGGUAUCACCAUCGGAUAGAACCACCGUGGCGAUUUCAGAAUCUCAACAGAUACAACCCUCCACCACGCUUGGACUGGUGCAAAGAGACAUGGGGACAUGGACCAACACUGAAACGAACUCAGAGACUCCCUGUAUUAGUGCGUUGAACCUUCACAAGGAUGGACCAGGACAAAGAGCUCGCAGGACUGUCCAACAGAGCUCUCAUUAAUAUAAAUGUUCAGUUAUCUGAUAAACAGACAGUCACAUAAGGUUUGUUUUUAAAUGCACAUCAUGUGGAAGAACAAUGUCCGAUGCAUGUAACAUUAAAGGUGUUUUUGAAGAAAGUACGUAUCCGUAUUCAAAAUAUACUUCAUUCAAAUACAGUCAGUUAAUGUGGAGAUGCCUUUGCUCUUUUUUUGUUUUUUUGCCUUUGAGGAGACAAAAUUAUUCUUUGGCUUUUACAAAAGACUGUUUUCUUAAGGGCAAAAGACAAUUUUUUUAUCUAUAAACAAACCAUUUGUUUUGGUCUAUAUAAAUGUGGUCAUACGGUUUGAGUGCUCAUUUUUCAUGUAAGAAUUAAAAUGAUUUAAUGUUCAAUAAUAUACUCCAUGAAAUGCUGUUUGUGAUGUCAAAAUGAUAAAUUCAAUGCAUGGGAAGCUCUUGGUUAAAGACUAAGUGAUGGGUUAAGUCGAUGCCUGUGUCCCUUUUGCCUGGUUUAACAGACAAGACUUAAGCCUAGUCCCAGACUAAAAUGCAUGUUUGAGCUGUUUUAACUGAAAGCAACUUGCACUGACAUAUCUUAAAAUAUGUCAGUGCCAUUGUUUUGUCUUAAGAUGCACAUUAGUAAUAUUUUUUUCUAAGGCACAUUUAUAAAAGCUACUUAAAUGUCCUAAUUUAACAAUGGAUUACUCCUGGCUUAAUCUAAAUCCUGUCUGUUAAACCAGGCCUUAGUCUUAUGAAAUAACUAGUCACACAGAACCAUCUUAAGACUUUUGACCAUGAGAUCCCUUUCCUGUAUAUGUCUGUUAGGGUCUUUGGGGCAAAUUCAGAUGCUGGUUUCAUAUUGACUGGGCAUAACCAAUCAGACUGUCCUUUUUAUGUCUCAAUGUGUGUCUCUAAAUUUUCCACAUAGACAAAUUUCCAAAGUUUGUAUUAUUUUAGUUAGUUGUACUCAGUUAAAGGUUUUUGGGGCAGUCAAAGAGUUGGAGAAGAUACUAUAAUAAACCUGUAAAAUUUAAGCUGGUUUUAAUGCCCAGUGGUUUUUCAUGUCUCAUGCUGAUUUCAUGUCUUUGUGACAUGGUGGAGUAAUAUAAAACAGGCUUUUGGCCUGAUUCUAAUUGAUUAUUUUACAGUGCAAUUGUUGAAUAAAUAUCUGGUUGUGAA